AUGGGUCUGUCCAUGAGAGAGAACAAUUUGACUGAGCUGCGUGAAGGCCAACUGUCGGGUCUGUCACAGCUCACCUGGCUCUACCUAGACCACAACAACAUUGACAUUGUGGAGGAGGGGGCUUUUGACAAACUAAGACGUGUCAAGGAGUUGGACCUAAGCAGCAACAGAAUUGAGAAUCUGCCCAAUGUGAGAAUAUUUCAAGACUGUCGAAGCAUGCAGUUCCUGGACCUGGGAUAUAAUCAACUGCAAAGCCUGGCACGGAACUCGUUCGCCGGCCUCUUCAAGCUGUCGGAGUUGCACCUUGAGCACAAUGAACUGGUUAAAGUGAACUUGGCCCACUUUCCACGCCUCAUCUCUUUACAGAAAAUUGAUCUUUCAUCCAAUGAAAUUGAAUAUAUAGAGCCGCAUGUUUUUGAGAGCAGCCCCAGCCUCAAGGUGUUGAUGCUAGACUCUAAUCGCCUGGCUGCUUUGGACCAGCGCAUCUUGGAUUCAUGGUCAUCAUUGGACAGCAUCACCCUAGCGGGAAACGAGUGGGAGUGCACCCGGAAUGUAUGUGCCUUGGCCUCCUGGCUAAGUGCCUUCCGUGGCCAGCGUGACAGUUCCCUACAGUGUUCCAGCCCAGACACGGCACAGGGCGAGGAUGUGCUGGAUGCAGUGUAUGCUUUUCAUCUCUGUGAGGAUACAUCCAUAGAGGUGACUACAGCAGGUCUGUAUGCCUCCACCAGAGAUCUGGCCCAUGGUGGCUCAGUUCUGCUGGGUCCAUUUACCCCCAAUCCCUAUGAAGGUGAAGGCAGCGAAGUGGUCACCAGCUCCUUCACUGUCACAGUGGGCAAUGAUGAUCUGGAGAGUACCAUGCAGAUCCAUAAAGUGGUGACUGGAACCAUGGCGCUAAUUUUUUCUUUUCUCAUUAUCGUUCUCAUGCUCUAUGUGGCGUGGAAGUGCUUUCCUGCUGGAAUACGACAACUGAGGCAGUGCUUUAGCAGUCAGCGACGUAAGAAGCAAAAGCAAAGCAUGCAGCAGAUGGCUGCCAUUUCAACGCCAGAGUACUACGUCGACUACAAGCCCAACCAUAUCGAGGGAGCUUUAGUAAUCAUAAAUGAAUAUGGAUCAUGCACUUGUCAACAGCAACCUUCCCGGGAAUGUGAGGUGUGA